GCUGAGGAACGUGGUUGAGAUUCAGUGACAGGAAGGGAAAGAGAAAAUGAGUGAAUAAAAAUAUAUGUAAUCUGGGGAAGGAAGAGGAGAGAGACAGGACCAGAACCAGAACCAGGAGACAGAGAGAGAGAGAGUGGAUUUAGAUAAGGAUACACAUAGACAAACAGAGUGGGAUCAAAUCGUUAACGGAUGGUGAGCAGAGAGGGAUAGACGUAUAGUUGGAGAUGUAUAGAUAGUCUGACAGGGAGCGAAAGAGAGGAAAGGAGCUGGAGUAAUAGGGAGACAGGAUUGAAAUAGGGAUACAGACUGCAGGGUGGAGAGAGGGAGAGGGAGAUGGAGUAAUAGAGAAGUACAGACUGCAGGGUAAAGAAAAAGGAAUAAAAUUCCCCAGGAACAGGGAGUUGAGGGCGGCGUUGAGCUGGGGUCCCCUCAGAACUGUGGAAACAUUAGGUAUCGACAGUGUGGGGAGAGGGAAUGGGCUAAGAAAGACCAGUUAAUUGAGGGGACCAAGGAUUAAGGAGGGAAGGGAGGUCCAAAAACUGGAAUUAUCGUGUCAUCUUAAAGUUCGAAGUUCAUCUCCUGCUCAGGCAGAGUUUAGUUUGACCUUCAGAGCUGGUCAGUGGCCGGAGACUGGACAGAGAGCCCCAGGAAUCUCUGAGAACUCCGCAGUCUUUGAGUUUGAUGAGUGCAAACGGUUUACAGAAGCAGAACUUGAAUGUGUAGGUGCAAACUCUCCAUUAAGAAAAAAAAACACUUGCAGGAAAAAAAGAAGCAUUUUGGCAUAGUGUGCUGAUACUGCACGGAGAUAAGUUAUUUUACAUAGGGGGAGUGAGAGUGGCCCAUUGCAGUUGUGAGAAGCUUCAAGGUUAGAUAGUAACCUGGAGAUUAGGCUCUUUCAGGAGUUUUUCACUUUUAACAUCCUACAGGCUGGAAAUUUCAAGCUGACUUUGAGAAGUAAGAGCGGAGUAGAUCUCUUUUGCAGAGCAACAUUAAAAGUUUGGAGUUAGUUCAGUCAGUGGGUUAGCCCUGCCUUCCCAGUACAGAAUGCCUGCUCCUCCAAACACAGCUUUCUCUGUCCGCCUGCUCGCUGUUUGGAAAUCUCUCUUCACUGGCAGGUAUCUGUUCGUCACUAACACUGUUAGCUGCGGGGCUCUGAUGGCAACUGGGGACAUGAUACAACAAACCCGAGAGAUCUGGCGGGAGCCCGACCGUGUCCGGGAAUGGGCUCGAACAGGACGAAUGUUUGCAACUGGCUGUUUAAUGGGCCCUUUUGGGCAUUUCUGGUAUGGGGCCCUGGAUCGAAGGUUCCCAGGAAGGACCAAACGCAUUGUGCUGAAGAAGGUUUUGUUGGACCAAAUCAUUGCCUCGCCCAUCUUUGGCCUCAUCUAUUUUGGCGGAAUGGGGAUGUUAGAAGGCCAUCAUCCAAUCGAAUGCCUGAUGGAAUUCAAGAGGAAAUUCUGGAAAUUUUAUAUGGCGGAUUUGAUGUUGUGGCCUGGAGCCCAAAUGAUCAACUUCUACUUCCUUUCUCCAAAAUACCGUGUCCUCUACGUGAAUAUAGUGACAGUCGGCUGGGAUACUUUCCUCUCCUACCUUAAACAUCAGGAGCAGGACGAUGCAGCUCUCGCAUUGGACAAACAGCAAGCAGGAUCAGGGAGCUCGGUGAAACUGCUCGAAGAUGAACCGUAGCUGCUCAGAGUCCCUGAUGGCCCAUAGGCUGAGGAGCAGUCAUCCUCUGACGUCUGAUCCAGGCAACCCUGACCUUCAAUGUGCAGGCAGCUGGCAGUUGGAGAAAGGUCACCGCUGCAAUGUUCUAAACAGAUUUUUUUUUACUCAUUGAAAUUAUCAUUCUAAACUGUUAACAAAUUUAAACUUUUUUAAAUGAGAUAAGGAAAUGGUCUGGCAUUUCUGUAGCAUCUUUCACAACAUCAACUUGUCCCAAAUGACCUGCCAGUGCAGGAGCCAAGUGCCGUGAUUACUGGAGGGAAUGCAGCAGUAAUUGGUACACAGGACAAUUCCACUAAUAGUUAUCAGUUUCACAUCUCCGCUAUUGCUCAGAGAGGGAGCAGGUUAGCCCCAUGUCAGAUAAUUAAGAGGUGACCUUAUUGAGAUGUUCAAAAUUAUGAACAACUUCCACAGGGUAAAGGAGGAUAAUCUGUUUACACUAUUUGAUAUGUCAGUAACUAGGGGUCACAAUUUCGGGGUUGUCAGUAAGAGAGCUAGGAGUGCGAUGAGGAGAAACUUCUUUACUCAGAGUUGUUAGGAUUUGGAAUGCACUGCCUGGGAGAGUGGUGGAGGAGGAUUCCAUAAGAGGUCUCAAAAAUGAUAUAUAUUUGGAAGGGAUGAAGUUAGAGGGCUAUGGAGAUUGGACUGGAGAGUGGGACCAGCUGGAAAAGUCUAUCUGGAGCUGGUACGGACAUGAUGGGCUAAAUGGCCUCCUGGACUGUAAAAUUCAAUGAUUCUAUGCCUGUAUCCGCAAGGACCCAUACAGGAUGUGUGUGUGAUCUACAAGUGCAGCACUGUUGGAGUGCCACAUUUUCCCUUAAUGGCUCUAUGAAGCACAUUUCUGGCUGUGGAAUCAUCCUACGCACACAAGCAGCAAGAGUAGAACAUUCAGCCCAUCAGCCCUGCUGUACCAUUCCGUAUAAUCAUAGUAGCUCACCACUUUCUAAUGCACUCCAUGAAAACAAAAACCUGUCUAUCCCAGCUGUGAAUACAUUCAGUAAUACAGCAUCCGCCACCCUCUGGGCCAGUUCCGAGUUCAUCCCUUGUGGUUGGAGGGUUCCUAGGCGGAAGAUGAGGCGCUCUUCCUCCAACCGUCGUUUUGUUG